AGCGUCGCGUUCGACACACACCUCGCGUACAUUCAAACGUACGCGCACAACUCUCGCACGCUAACGCAUCAACGUCUUCGUACAACCUGCAGAGAUGAGCCGGCACAAUUGCCUGGCAGCCGCCGUGUUGUUGGCGGUUCUCUGCCUUGCCGAUGCCCAGAGGCGUUUGGCCCUGCCUGACCCCAGAAGUUGCGCUAACAGAGUUCGGCAUUCUACAUAUCGUGAUGCACGUGGCGUACUCCAUUCAUACUUCUUCAGCUGGGAACAUGCACCAACCCGAAACCUUGAAGUUGACUGGCUUGACGCAAGAAAUAUCUGUCGAAAACAUUGCAUGGACGCUGUCUCUAUGGAAACUCCUCAGGAAAACGAAUUUAUAAAGCAGAAGGUUGCGCGUGGUAAUGUUCGUUACAUUUGGACGUCGGGUCGUAAAUGCAACUUUGCUGGUUGCGACCGUCCUGACUUGCAACCUCCUAAUGUGAAUGGCUGGUUCUGGUCUGGAUCUGGCGCUAAAAUCGGGCCUACCACACAACGAAACACCGGAGAUUGGUCUUACACCGGCGGUUAUGGCCAGGCGCAACCUGACAACAGAGAAGCCGCUCAAGGUAACGACGAGUCUUGUUUAGCAAUCUUAAAUAAUUUCUACAACGACGGCGUCAAAUGGCACGACGUUGCUUGUCACCACGUGAAACCAUUUGUAUGCGAGGACAGCGACGAGCUGCUCAACUUCGUGCGCUCGCGUAACCCUGGCCUGCGUCUCUAAGGCUCACAACCCCUUCACCUUCGCCUUCUAAGCUUUUAGAUGGUUGACAUUGUACAAAAACCAAGUGGCUAUCUUUAUUUAAGUUAUUUAUUAAUUAAAUAAAACAUUAUCGCUCACACGAUUACUUACUUCAUCUACGUUCAUGCUAAAUAUUAAUAAUUUGGCGCUUACGAUUUUUACUAAAUCGUUUCGGUCAGUCGAUCUUUCUUGUAAAAAGU